AUGAAGGUUGAGGCCACCAGGGAUGCUUUUAUCAGCGACUAUGAGGCGCUACAAUUCAUGUCGCAUCUCCAAAGGAAGCACCAAUGGGUGGUAGACGAGGAUGUCGAAAUGGCAGACGACCGCCGUAGGAAGAAGAAACAAUACAACCACCCGGAGCUGCAGGCCAUCACAAAGGACGUUGUGAACUAUCUAACGACCAACAAAAACGCCGACCCUGAGGAGGAACAGCAAGCUGUCAAGUCAGGGAUUACGAGGAUGAACGAUGAAAAGUUCACCACCCUUAUGCGUACGUUGAACCAGUUCGAUCUCUAUAAGGCUGAAAAAUUACAGCUGGUUAACCAGUUACCGGUGAAUAUCGUUCACCUAUAUGCUCUUGUCGAGGAGUGUGAUAGUAGGUUCAGCGAGGAGCAGGUAUCUGCCAUUAUCGACGCCAUCACAACAGCAUGCGUAUAA